GGAGUAAAGUUGUCGUGUUGGGAAGCUCAUGAUGUCGACCGGUAGAACUUCGGUUGGCGAUGUUCUGUGCUUAACAUCAUCACAUCGAUUCGUGGGGUAAUUCUACAACUCCAACAGUUCAAGUCACCUCUAUCCUUAAGAUAAUAUGGCGAAGGAAGUGCCUGGGAAGUCCAAAGAGCAAGGACAUAAGAAGCUCCCAAAGCUUCCGUCGAACCAGAAGAUACAAAAGCGCCCCCUCUUGCAUGCCCCGAUCACUGCACCCCGCCGAGGAGCGUCCUCUCAGAAAGUCGUGUACAUAUCUGCUCGUUCCUCAUUCAUUGCGAUCGUAAAGCGAGUCCGGAAGUUUCUCUCCGACGUCGAAAACCGUGCGGCCGGACCUCUCUCAAUCUCUGGCGGAGACAAGAAACUGCUCCGUGGUAUAGAAGCAGGUGUCAGGAACAAGAGCAAUACUAGAUACGAGGAAGUUGUCAUGAAAGCUACUGGCAAGGCAAUCGAGAAGCUAUUACGACUGGCGAUCUGGUGGCAGGAGCAAAAUGGAAUUGUGGUUAGGAUUCGGACUGGUAGUGUGGGGGCUGUUGAUGAUGUUGUUGACAAGGGGACGGAUGGAGAGGGACAAGAACUUGUGGAAGAGAGCAGAGUUAGGAGGACGAGUUGUUUGGAGGUUGGUGUGAGCUUAGGUUGAGGACCAUGGUUCGAAUGUUGGACUAAUGAAGAAUACACUGUGUUUGGUCAUAGAUACCCCACACAGCGGAAGCCGAAGACAAAGGCCAUGGGCAAGAUCCAGACUU